GCAGCAGAAGAAGUCUCCUUGCGCAUGCUCGCAGAUUUAGCAUUUAGUGUACUGUAAUGUGUGUGAGUGUGUGUGUGUGUUCUUCUGAAAUGUGUUUUGUCAUUUAGCUUUAUAGUGUGUAUGUGUGUGUGUUUCUGCAUCCAUGUGUUAGCGUAGGCUGGUGCAAAUUAAUUUGCUGUCCAUGUGUCGCAGAGAAAAGUUGUAACGCCGAGCUACCGUAGAGCUAUCUAUCAUCGGGGUGUCGCUGGAGGAAACCGACUAUGUCGACAAAUAAAACAAAGAAAGUCAAAAUGGCUACUAAAUCUUGUCCUGAAUGCGACCAACAGAUUCCAGUAGCGUGCAAGUCGUGUCCAUGUGGUUUUGUGUUCAUUAGCAGAAAACUCCUAAAUGCCAAAUUAAAUGAGCGGUCUUCUCCAGCCAUAGCAGACAAGCUGGAUUUUAAGCGGAGAAGGACAGAGCGCAUCCGCAGGGAGAGGAUCGACUCUUCUUUAACCAAUGACAUGGAAAACAGGAGAAGAUCCCGGGCCAAUAGCCAAACAGAUCCAAUCCGGAGGGGACGGGGCAGACCAAAAACAGUGGGGCUGAAGAAACAGGAAGAGGAAAAAGAGAAACAGGAGAAGGAAGUGGAUAUUUAUGCAAGUCUCUCUGAUGAGAAGGCCUUUGUGUUUUCUGUGGCCUUGGCUGAGAUCAACCGCAAGAUUCUGGGUCAACAGCUCAUCUUAUAGAUUAAAGCCUGAAUAAAAAAGCGCACACACAGAGAAUCAUAGAAAAGCUUUCAAAAAGCAAGAGGAUGACCAAAGAAGGCAGAAAUUGCUGGAGCUGAACUUUGACUGAGACUCUCAAAGCUGCCGAAGCUUCAGACUGAAGUUGGGGGUGUUUUCAUCGAAGGAAUCUCAGAUCUCCUAACACCUGGAAUGAUACACCCACAACAGACAUGCAAACACAUGUUGCUGGACUAAAAGCUAGACUACGCUUUAUGUGUUGUAAUGACAUAGAGUGUUGUUGAUAGAUCCAGAGAAAGGGAGUAUUGAUGACAUUUCCUGCCUGAGGUACAUACAUCUGUAUAAAUCCACACCAUAAUGUGUUUUAAAUACCUUUUUAAUUUUAAAUGAAUGGAAUUUAGGAGAGUGAGAAACUAAAUAAAUACUACUUUCACUUGUUUGAAGUAAACUGUAUUAUCAUGUGCAUAUCUCCAGUUGACUCCAUGUUAAUGGAAGGGAUAUGUCUGUUCUGCACCUCUAUUCAUUGUUUGUUUGUUUUAUAAACUGAAAUGAUACCUGUGUGAUUGAGACUGAUGCUCAGAAGAAAACCAUUAGUGUAAAAUUGAAUUAAGAUGUUUCUUGGAUUGCCAUUAUUUCUACAAGUAUUGUUCAAACUUUCCUAGAAUCAUACAGGAAGUCCGACAUUAUUGUUGGUAAAUUGAUGUUCUGUUCAAUGGGCCAUAGCAUAAAUACCAUCAUUGUAUACUGUGAUAAAAUCACAAUACAGUAUAUAUUGUUUUUCUACCA